CUGUCAUCCGGCUGCCUUGGCGCCUCCCCUCUCCUCUAUAAAUGAACUGGAUCUGUUCACCGCGCUCACACGGAGCGGAGCUGUGAGGAAAGGCGGGAUGCGCUGACAGACGUUCGGAUCGUCUUCUCUCGGUUUAGAUUGCGCUGUGGUUCCAUCUCUGGUCCCUUCUCGUUAGUGUAACUGAUUAUUGUUUUUGCCGUUUCGCUGCCUGAGCCGCUGCUUGUCUAAGAUGAAGGCUGUUACUCCAGUCCGCCCCCAGGACUCCUCCUCCUCCUCUCCCCUCUCCAGCAGCAGCAGCAGCCAGCUCUCCCUGCACUAUCUGUCGAAGCAGAGCCUGAACAUCGCCCGGUGCCGGAUGGAGGAGGAGGACCUGUUCUGCCUGCAGUACGACAUGAACGACUGCUACAGCCGGCUGAAGCGGCUGGUGCCCACCAUCCCGCAGGACAAGAAAGUCAGCAAAGUGGAAAUCCUCCAGCAUGUCAUAGACUACAUCCUGGACCUGCAGUUGGCCCUGGAGACGCACCCUUCUCUUCACAAACAGCAGCCACAGUGGACCGGGACCUGUCCUGCUCCUGCAGCCUCCAACCCCAACAGGACGCCACUGACGGUGCUCAAUAUCGACCACCACCAGAGAACAUCAAUAGCCAAACAAACGGAAGACUCGAUCUUGUGCCGUUGAGACGUCAGCACUGCAUUGGUGUGCAGACUGUGCAGAGCCACUCCAAAGCCAGCAGCAAAGCUUCGCCAGGGACUCACACCCAACCGGAGGCACAAUCACACGGGGAUUUCAAAACCAGUGGGGGGAAUUAGACCCAAAUGAAACCACUGUUCAUAGCAGCUGAACAAGGACGUCUCCCUCUCAAUCUGUCACAUGUUCUUCUCCUGAAAACAUCAAAUCUCUGGAAAUCCAUCUGCAACAGCUAUUUAACAUAAAAACCAGAUUGUGAAUUGUACUUAACGAAACAGCUUAAAGCUUUACUAAAACAGUUGUACAUGUUACGAACAUCUAUUAUUUCAAAUAGAUGCUGUGUUCUGAGCAGAGGCAUCAGCCCCGGCACCUCCAGGGCUCUGAUCUGUAAUUCUGAUUUGAGGCUGUAAAUAUAGAGACAAAUGUUCUAUGAAGUGAAAAGAAGACGUAUAUGCUUAAAUAGACUAUUGCAAUUCUAAGAUAUUUUUAUUCAAACCCUCUUGUUGUUUUUAUUUUGUUUCUUUCACUAAUGUAAAUAAAUUGUUUCCACUUCAACAUGCUAACAUCGCCUCGUCACACGUGGAUGACGACAAACUAGCAGCAUUUUAGUCUGACGUGCAGCAUGCUGGCUCGGUGCAGAGAUACUGCUGGGUGAGCCCUCUGUGCUGGAGGUCACCUCCUCCCCCGUUAUGCUCUACUUAUUCACCACAGCUCCGAGGAAUGGAUCACUUUUGGAAAAGAACAAAAAGACUGUGUUAAACUGCACUUGUGUUAAACAUUAAAUCUAAGAGCACUUCGGACCGUUCAGCAAAAUCACUGCAGCUUUGUUUCGCUGCUGCAGUCUGAGUUCUCCUUGAGAAGUUAAUAAUUGAUGCUAGGAAAUGAUCAACCCUCCGAUUUACUGUGUGUGCACUAACUGGUGGAAAUCAGCUGUUAUUCAUGUAAAGAAAAGACUUUUGUGUCAUCCAGCAGCGAGUUUUUCUCACCGCCCUCCCGCCAGUGCCAGAAGGCUCUUGUAGGCUUCUGGUGGACGGGACCUCUGGUUUGUGAGGAAAUGUCAAAACAAUUAAAAUGUGCAGGAAGAGUUGUGUGGUCGUGACUUCUGUCUCCGAUGUGUUGUUGAGUGAGGAGCGGGUAACUCUUGGUUUAGGUAACCCUCAAACCUGCUUUACAGGAUCCAGAGAUCUUGCAGUAAUCCCACGGCACGCACGAGGCCGGCCGCUCCCGCGGACUCAGCACAUCUCUGGGAUCAUUCCCUCCAUGUCUGUAACUGCAAGUGAUGUCUUUGUGAACAAUAUUAAAUUAUUUCAAGGUG